AUGUCGCAAGUAAAAAUAGAAGUUUCGGCAACCACUGCCCCUGUUGACCUUAACGAACUUCUCGAAAAAACUGUUGAAAGUAUUGCCGAUAUUUCUGAAGUAAAAGGCGACACACAUGCCAUUCUCACAUCGCAGCAACCAUCUGAUACGAAAGCAUUACAAGUAUUGAAAACAGCUGCAACUGAAGAUGUCGUUCGACUUGAACCAGUAAAAAUUUCAACAUUUGAAGGUGACUAUCUGAAAUGGGUUAAUGUCUAUGAAAUGUUUAAAACAUUAGUACAUAAAAAUAAGCAACUGCAGGAUAUUCAAAGAAUGCAAUAUCUGGUGACUUCUACUAAUGGUGAAGCUCGACGCCUAAUUGAGAAUCUGGGAGUGACUGGAAGUAAUUACCAGAAUGCAUGGAAAAUGUUGUUUGAACGUUACAACAACAAGAGAACACUACCAGCAUCCCACCUUCAAGCAUUUUUCAGCAUACCCAAUGUUAAGUCUGAAACUGCAUAA